AUGGCUAAGCUGCAUGAAGCAGUUUUAGAAGGCGAUCUCAAAACCAUAAAAUAUUUGAUGAGCACUGUAUGUGAGAUUGAUGAAAAAGACGUAAAUGGGAACACACCAAUUCACUAUGCGUGUUACAAAGGAUACCGACAAAUUGUGAAAUAUCUUAUUCAACAUGGUGCUUGCUUGAAUUUUCAAAAUAAUCAGAAGAAAAGUUUGCUCAUGAUAACUUUGUGUGGAGAGACUUGCAAAAGACGAGCUUGCAAGAAACGCAAGGAGGAAGUGUAUGCAAUAAUCAAAUUACUAUUGAAGGAAAAGUGCAAAAAUAUCAAUUCAAUUGACCAUAAGGGUAAUACAGCACUGCAUGUCGCUGUGGAGAGAGCGACAGUAUGUGCAGUAAAAAGAAAAUGUAUAUCAUUGCUGAUACAACAUGGUGCAGAUGCUGAAAUUGUAAACCACAAGCAACAAACAGCUUACGACAUCGCUAAACAAAACCAAGUUAUUCAAAUACAGGAAUUAUUCUGGUAUGGACUGCCAUGUGGUGUGAACUACACAAGCAGUGAAAUAAAAAACAAAGACUGCCCGCAAACUCACAAAGACUUAAAUAUAAUUAACGAGGAAGUGACAGAAAAGCAUAUGUCAGCCAUAGAGCAACCCAUUCAAAGAAACAUGCUUCAACCAAUGGAUAGUUAUGGCUACGCAAAUAAUGAAUGCGGCUGGAAUGGAAAGGACUUUGUCGAUGAAUUAGUGGUGGCUCCGUGUUUUCAGCAAUAUUCCGUUUGUGGAAAUUGUCAGUCGAUAAUUAAUUGUCAUCCAGAUUAUCAAUGUUUUGAUCAAUUCACCAAUCAAAACCGAUUUCUUCGAAGAGUACCAGGGCAAAAGUAA